CGCCCGCCCUUAAAGGGCCCGCGUCCCAGAAAACUCGCCGCGCCCCGCGGCGGCCGGCCGCUACCGCCUAUCAGGCCCCUCUCCCUCAGACUCUCCUCCCUCCGCGGCCGCCCCUCCCGCCGGCUUCCCCACCUUUUUUCCCUCCCCUUUCCCGGCGUCUCCAGCCUCCCGGCAACCAGCUGCCCCCUCUCUCUCCCGGCCCUGGCCGGCGGCCUCGGGGCUCUGGGCCGUGCUCAGCCCCUCGCGAGCUGGGGCCCCUUCCCGUGGCCCGUACCCCACACCCUCCCCUCCCCCUUUCCGCCGCCCCCUCCCCUCCGGGGCCCCUGGGAGCGUCUCUGCGAGCCAGGGAGGGGACGUUUCCUAAUCUCAGGCCGGGGUUAAAGUUCUGGUCCUGGUGAGAUGCUGGAAGCUGCGGCAAGGGCCGCAACCCGUCCCGGAGGUGUCCUGUCGCCUGUCGUCGCCGCCGCCGCCACCGUCGCCGCUGCCGCCCUGCCGGGGCCAUGUUCGCUCUGGGCUUGCCCUUCUUGGCGCUCUUGGUGGCCUCGGUCGACAGCCACCUGGGGGUUCUGGGACCCAAGAACGUCUCGCAGAAAGACGCGGAGUUUGAGCGCACCUACAUGGAUGAGGUCAACAGCGAGCUGGUCAACAUCUACACCUUCAACCAUACCGUGACCCGAAACCGGACGGAAGGUGUGCGUGUGUCUGUGAAUGUCCUGAACAAGCAGAAGGGGGCUCCUUUACUGUUCGUGGUCCGCCAGAAGGAGGCUGUGGUGUCCUUCCAGGUGCCCCUAAUCCUGCGAGGGCUGUAUCAGCGCAAGUAUCUCUACCAAAAGGUGGAACGAACGCUGUGUCAGCCCCCCACCAAGAAUGAGUCUGAGGUCCAGUUCUUCUACGUGGAUGUGUCCACCUUGUCACCAGUCAAUACCACGUACCAGCUGCGUGUCAGCAGAAUGGACGACUUUGUGCUCAGGACCGGGGAGCAGUUUAGCUUCAAUACCACAGCAGCCCAGCCUCAGUACUUCAAGUAUGAGUUCCCAGAGGGAGUGGACUCAGUGAUUGUCAAGGUGACCUCCAACAAGGCCUUCCCCUGCUCAGUCAUCUCCAUCCAGGAUGUCCUGUGUCCUGUCUAUGACCUAGACAACAAUGUAGCCUUCAUCGGCAUGUACCAGACUAUGACCAAGAAGGCAGCCAUCACUGUGCAGCGCAAAGACUUCCCCAGCAACAGCUUUUAUGUGGUGGUGGUGGUGAAGACUGAAGACCAGGCCUGUGGGGGUUCCUUGCCUUUCUACCCCUUUGUCGAAGAUGAACCAGUGGAUCAAGGACACCGCCAGAAAACCCUGUCAGUGCUGGUAUCUCGAGCAGUCACAUCUCAGGCCUAUGUUGGCGGUAUGCUCUUUUGCCUGGGCAUAUUUCUCUCCUUCUACCUGCUGACCGUCUUCCUGGCCUGUUGGGAGAACUGGAGGCAGAAGAAGAAGACCCUUCUGGUGGCCAUGGACCGAGCCUGCCCAGAAAGCGCUUCUCUUCUUGGUCACCCUCGGGUCCUGGCUGAUUCCUUCCCUGGCAGCCCCCCUUAUGAGGGUUACAACUACGGCUCCUUUGAUAAUGGCUCUGGAUCCACCGAUGGUCUGGUUGACAGCACGGGCACUGGGGACCUCUCCUACGGUUACCAGGGGCAGGACCAGUUCAAGCGGCGCCUCCCCUUUGGCCAGAUGCGGCAGCUGUGCAUUGCCAUGGAACGCUCCCUUGACCCUGUGGGCACUCGGCCACGACUGGACUCCAUGAGCUCUGUGGAGGAGGAUGACUAUGACACGUUGACUGACAUCGAUUCGGACAAGAACGUCAUUCGCACCAAGCAAUACCUCUAUGUGGCUGACCUGGCACGCAAGGAUAAACGCGUUCUGCGGAAAAAGUACCAGAUCUACUUCUGGAACAUUGCUACCAUUGCCGUCUUCUAUGCGCUUCCUGUGGUGCAGCUGGUGAUCACCUACCAGACGGUGGUGAAUGUCACAGGGAAUCAGGACAUCUGCUACUACAACUUCCUCUGUGCCCACCCGCUGGGCAACCUCAGCGCCUUCAACAACAUCCUCAGCAACCUGGGGUACAUCCUGCUGGGGCUCCUCUUCCUGCUCAUCAUCCUGCAGCGGGAGAUCAACCACAACCGGGCCCUGCUGCGCAACGACCUCUACGCCCUGGAAUGUGGGAUCCCAAAGCACUUUGGCCUGUUCUAUGCCAUGGGCACAGCCCUGAUGAUGGAGGGGCUCCUGAGUGCCUGCUAUCACGUCUGCCCCAACUAUACCAAUUUCCAGUUUGACACGUCGUUCAUGUACAUGAUCGCCGGGCUCUGCAUGCUGAAGCUGUACCAGAAGCGGCACCCUGACAUCAACGCCAGUGCCUACAGCGCCUACGCCUGCCUGGCCAUCGUCAUCUUCUUCUCCGUGCUGGGCGUGGUCUUCGGCAAAGGGAACACAGCGUUCUGGAUUGUCUUUUCGAUCAUUCACAUCACGGCCACCCUGCUCCUCAGCACACAGCUCUACUACAUGGGCCGCUGGAAGCUGGACUCUGGGAUCUGCCGUCGCAUCUUCCACGUGCUGUACACAGACUGCAUCCGGCAGUGCAGCGGGCCCCUCUACGUGGACCGCAUGGUGCUGCUGGUUAUGGGCAACAUUAUCAACUGGUCGCUGGCUGCCUACGGGCUCAUCAUGCGUCCCAAUGAUUUUGCCUCCUACUUGUUGGCCAUUGGCAUCUGCAACCUGCUCCUUUACUUUGCCUUCUACAUUAUUAUGAAGCUCCGCAGUGGGGAGAGGAUCAAGCUCAUCCCCCUGCUCUGCAUCAUCUGCACCUCGGUGGUCUGGGGCUUCGCACUAUUCUUCUUCUUCCAGGGACUCAGCACCUGGCAGAAAACCCCCGCAGAGUCGCGGGAGCACAACCGGGACUGCAUCCUCCUUGACUUCUUUGAUGACCACGACAUCUGGCACUUCCUCUCCUCCAUCGCCAUGUUCGGGUCAUUCCUGGUGUUGCUGACACUGGACGACGACCUGGACACGGUGCAGCGGGACAAGAUCUACGUCUUCUAGCGGGCGCCGGGUCCCUUGCUUCACUCAUGAGGCCCUGUGCGCCUCGGCCUCACUGCCCAGAGCCUCCAUAGUGCCAGAGGCGUGAGUCCCAGCCCUGCUGCCCAGUGCUGGGUGGUGGCAGGACAGCGAGGUCUAGCCCAGGCCUGGCCCAGGACAGUCAUGGGAGUGGCCUUGAGCCUUGCAGCUGCCCUCGGCCUGGGAAGAGGCCUGCUCCUCUGAAACCCCAGACGUUGGCCAAAUUGCUGCUUUCUUCUCAGUGUUGGGGCCCGUCCAUGGGUCCUCCCGUCCAUUGGCUCUCCGUUUGUCCCUCUGCAGGAGGGAGGAGGGAAGUGUUGCCCUGCCCAUCUCAUGCCUUGCAGUCUGCCCAUCCUUCCCCUCCCCCCAAGCCUGGGGCCGAAAGCCCUUUCUGCCUCCCACAGUCCCACUUCCCAGCCUGAUCUGGGGCCUGAUUCUUUGUCCUGCAGUAGGGGCCCACUUCUCUUUGGGACUGUAUCUGGCUGCCAUCACUGCCUCCUCUAGUCAGCCAAAAUGGAUGGGGUUGUAGGAUUUUGGGGGCUGACCAGCUGGUGCCAGGCUUUUGGUGCUAAGGCCUGCGAGGGGCCCUGGCUGGCUCUUUAGCAAUGAGGGUCAGCCCAUGUGUGAGAACUGCCUUUGAUCUGAGGGGCUGAACUCAGAGGUCACUUUCCCGUCAGUCCCCGGACUGAUGCUGGCAGCAGGAUUGGAGGGAAGAAGCAACUCACCCCUUUCCUUCCUUUUUCUUUCCAGGCCCUUAACUCCUGCCAAGCCCCAGCUGGGGGCCUUUCAGUGCCAUUGACACUGCCCAGGAAUGUCCAGGGGCAGUGGAGGGGGGAUUCAGAGGGCCCAGCCCAUGCUGCCUCCUCCAUAGCCGCGGGAGCCCCAGUGCCUAUCUUAGAAAGGGGCUCAGGAAAGGGAUGUAUUUCCCUCUAGGUCUCCGGUCCCAGCUUCACUGUAGGACCCAGGGCUGGCUCCUAAGUUUCCAUCCAGUCUUCAGCCACGUUCUGUGUUAGUCACGCACGUGCAUACACAUGGAACCUUGGAGUUGACACUGACUUGCUCCAGCUCUGGGCGCCCUGGCUGCUCUGGUCCCUGGAUCCCCUUCGCCCUAUCUGGUUUGUUCCAGAUGCCGAGGUUGGGGGAGGUCAGGUCGGGCCUCAGCCUCUGGGUGGGAAUGUGUUUUAUUCUCUCCGCCUUGUUUUUAUACCUCUCCCUGGGGCUGGGAGAGGAGGUGGGUCUGGAUUUUUUUCAGAACUCUGUGUAAUGUCUGUUUCCAUGCUAUGGUUGCAUUUCUGUUUACUAUGAAUGAGUCUGCAUUCAAUUAAAGAAACAACCAGACGCAG